CGCAGUAUUGAGCAUAAAAAAGGCAUCGAGUGCCGUGCACGUGCUCGGUGCCCGCGGUGAUUGGCGGCGCGUGCAGCACCACCACCACCGCCCGCUCGCCGGCCAGCCACCAGUACAGUUGUCGUCGCUCGCCAUCACCGGAUGCUCUUUUCUCUCGAUGAACGUGGGGAGGGAGUCUGCGCGCAUGUGUCAUGUUCAUCUUGUGCGGGGACCUGUUACCCGCAGCUGAGCAUCCCGACACUCCGUCAGUUCCCGCGUGGAUGUAGACACGGUUGGAAGUGUGUGUGCGAACAGCGUCGUGCCGCGUCUGUGUGGACCCACCAUGAUUCACCUGCUGCACACGGGUGCUGUUCCCUUUGGCUGCGUGAAGGACACUUACUUCUGCUGUGACGAGGACUGUUUAUCGACUGUCAUGGACCACCGCCGCCCCGGGACAGAACCGUGCCAGCUGCCUGACGUGGUCCUCAGCAACACCCCGCCGCCCUCCCCGGGGCACCAGGCCUGCGGCUGCUGCGGUGCACACCCGUGCAAGGCCCGGACACAAAGGCGGCCCAUCUACUCAUGCUCUGCGCCUCGAAACACGCCCGAGGAUGCACCGAAAGGAGUAACCAAAGAAAAGGCUGCCAAAGCUGCGUCAACUGAAGCCCACGACAUUCCUGUACAAAGUUACCUGCCACAGCUGUGCGGUCUGCCUCUUCAGUCUAUAGUUGCGGCUGGUGCCCCAGCCCCCGCAGACACGCCAGGAGGAGGUCACGGCAGGGCGGGGGAGCGGGACCAGUGGCGGCACAUUGGUCGUGACUUGCGCAAGGUCGCGGAUCAUUUUCAGCUCCAUACGUCAAAGAAGUGGAGGAAAAACAAGCCGCCCCUGAGCCCGGCCUUGCCAGCCAGCGUGUGCCGGUGCGUGGUGGCCUCGCUGGUGUGCCUGGCGUGGUGGAGACUCUACAGCAAGUUUUACUGACCCCGCCAGCGGACGAUGGCCUCACGCAGUGGAGGUUCAGAGGCGCAUGGCGUCUGUUGUAGCUGCUGUAGGCUUUGAAGCAGCAGCCGCCACCUGGCUAGGAGCGGCAGCCUGGCCAGUUCAACCCCCGCCCGCCUCGGGGACUGGAAAGGUUGCGCUCGCCGCAGUAACGGGGGAGUCACCCGAGCGUUUACCAUCACUCACCUCAGCGGGUGGUCACCAGUACUUGACCUCUCCAGCUGUAGCGUUGAUUCUUUAAUCGUACGGUAAAUGUUAAGAGGACUUUUGUGCCCAGUCAGAUUUAGUGAAAUAAGACUUCAUAAUGACGUGUGAACUUGGAGAUGUUUUUCAUAAAGAAUAUCAUAUUGAUGUAAGAUUUGUAAUUAUAAUCAAUGAUAUUUUAUAUGAUCUGAGGCUCAGAUGAUUGCACACACUUUAAUGUUGGUACUCCUUAAGGUUAUUAUUUUGGAACGUAUCUUUGGAAGGACCUAAAGAAUAGGUGAUUGUAUAACCUUAGAGAAGCAGUACACAUCUGCCCAAUGUCUUUCAAUUGUUAAGAUGAAUAUUUCCACGUCGAAAUAUAAAUAUACACGCAAUACUACUUUUAGAUCAACACGCACAGGUCCCAGAAGCUCAAUAUUAUUUUCAUGAGUUCAGCGAAAGGAUUCCCCGUGCAGCCGUGCCACCAGUCAUACAGUAAGAAUUCAGAUUAUGUGACCUCCACCAAAAACGACGACUAUGGACGACCUAAAGAAUAUACUCGUUGGUGAGCAUCACUUCCAACAGGCCUGAAUAGCGCAAAAGGAGAGGCUCCGACACCUGACAGGUGUUGAAGCCCUGGCAGGCGUCACCUGGCGGGAGAUGAAGUGUUGAUGUUCACCUGGCACAGCUUCGUGAGCUUCGCGUUUCUCAUGGAUGGACACAUUCCAAAUUCCAGGGUCAGGAAAGUAACAUUGUAUUUUCGCAGUUCAGUCUAUAUUGCUAGAUAUUUGGAGGAUGUUUCGUGGUGAUGAAGGGCCAGCCCCUCGGUGUUAGGCGGCGGAGGAGCGGCGCGCGGUGCACGGCCCGCCGCAUGCCAGGCCCAGUAUCGUCGCUCAGUGCUGGACUACCCGUCUUUCAGGGAGGCAUUGCCUUCCCUUUAGUCUGUAAGUUUUGUCUUAAGAGUAAAAAUGUUUUUAUUAAGCUUGGUGUCAUGUCUUUCAAAGUAUUCCUAAGGUUAGCAGUCAGCUCUUCGUCGUCAGGAAGGAAUACAAAAUUUGAGUUCCAUGGCCGCGCGCGACACGAAGAACAUCAGUGGACAUUAUUGUUGCUGUCUUUCCAAAUGUUACAAAAGAACUGGACUUUACUGAAAAAAAUUAAGUUUCGUGGAAUAUUAAAAAAUUAAGAGAUUUUUUUUAAUUUCGGGCUGUAAGUAAGUUAAUUAAAUUAAACUUUAAUCUUUAAAAACGAAGCAUGUGAUAAAGACUCCAUAGUUUCGACUUCGGCACGUUGACUAACCCACAGUGUAAAUUAAUGUUCACCCCACCGGAACGUCGCGUCUGAGUCACGUUCAUCAAAGCUCAUCAGGUGAUAGUGUGUCGCGGCCAGGACGGCUGCCUGGCUCCUGGCGGCGAGUCCCCCACUCGUGUGUGUGUGUGUGUGUGUGUGUGUGUGUGUGUGUGUGUGUGUGUGUGUGUGUGUGUGUGUGUGUGUGUAAAAUCUUUGUUGAUUUCGUCUUUGUACAUAUUUUGCGUGAAUAUUAUGUUCCGGAAUGCUAGUGCAAAAUCAUUAAUGUUACUUUGUAUGCUCUUACUGUGUGUAUACCUUCUGCAGGAGUGGUUGACGGUGUGCGGUGAUGCACUGGAGAAUGUAAUGUGUAUUAAGUUAUUUUCUACAACAGAAUGAUUUAUUUUUAAGCCAUGCCAAUUUGCUCAGUGGUACAUCGUCUUGUAUAGUGUCACGUUUAGCUGAAGUGUAAAUAUAUAUCCGAAUAAGAGGUUGGGUAGUAAAUAAAUGUAGUAGGCUUACCAUUUAUUUCAUGCUUGCUUCACAUCUUAGACUUAAAGAAGAGAAUAACAAAUGGACCUUUUGUAAUUUUAUACAACUUAUUCUAGUCGAAAAAUUAAGACAUUUUGGGGAUUUUAAGGUUAGAUGAGAUGCAGAUUGUGUUUAAAAGGUGUCUAUUGACUUGUGCAGUGAUAUGCUCUCUCUCUCUCUCUCUCUCUCUCUCUCUCUCCGUAUAGUAUUCGUAAAUACGUGCAGAUUUAUUGCGUGCAAUAUCCCAUGAUCUAUAGUAACCUUGUUUCUUCUUCUUUUUUAAUAGCCAUGAUGUUUUUACUGAAUUUUUACUACCCUGAAAAUCGACCAACUUUUGCAUGAUGAAUAAAAUAAGACAUAAUAAAGAAUAAAAAAUACACCGUCUUUUAGUGACAUGUAU